CCCGGGCCUUCGGACGGCGGGCGCGCGGGCCACAGAGCGUCGAGCCAUUGAGAGCAGGCGAGCGAGGGGGAGUGGACGCUAAUCUCCAUAACGUGCUUUAUGACACCACUUGACACUUCCCUUUUCUCUAGGUGUUCUGUUCGGGAAGAGAUUUGCUGGACGCGGUGGUUGAGGACUCGUCCGAUUGUGUUGAUCGACCCACCAAAAAACCCAACCCGUUUGUCCGUGCGUAUCGACGUCGCCGGGGGAGAGCGGAAGGAUUCCUGAAUCGCCGCGACAAGGAUUACAGGCGGAGGCAGGAUGUGGAGCCUGCUGGGCCUCUUCCUCCUCCUCCUGGCAGCUGCAGCGACGCCCGGCGGUGGCGGCCUCACGCACUCUGUGUCUCGGCGCUGUAACGACACGAUCUCCAGCAUGUACGAGAGCGAGGGCGUCGUCACUUCCCCAGGCUUCCCUUCGCGCUACGAUCCCCACACCAGCUGCUCCUUCACCUUCGUCGGCGCCUCCCACCAGAGGGUUCGCGUCCUCUUCACCGAGUUUAACCUGAAGGAACCGCCCGAGCAUCUGCGGCCGCACGAGAGGUGUCUUCACACGGACUGGGUGGCUCUCUACAACAUGAUCAACGGGAGCCGCAAACAGGAGAUUGAUCACUUUUGCGGCACGUCGGUCCCAAACUCCGUCAUGUCUGCCUCAUCUGGCCUCCAGCUGGUUUUUAAAUCAGGGCCAAGGAGGCCGAUGGAGCAGGACCUGCCGAAUUCCCGAAUGGGGUUCUCAGCCAGGUUCAAAUUCGUUUCGGACCUCGGCCUCGAGAGCGGACGGCAGGUGUCGGAUGGAAAGUGCCACUUCGUCUUCAACAGCAGCGAGGCCCGGAAUGGCACGAUCUAUUCUCCCAACCCCGAGGGCUUCUACCCACUGGACACCACCUGCGUUUAUAUCUUCCAUGGCCUGCCGGGCGAGAUCGUCAGGAUCAUUUUCAAGUACUUCGAUGUGGAAGGGGUUUUGCCGUGCAAUUCGGAAUCCGACAGCGACUACCUCGAAUUCUCCAACUUCCCGAGCGCCGACCGCAAGAUCCCGACCUUCUGCGGAUACAUGGCUCCCAACGUCAUCCACAGUGACUCCUCUUACUUCAGAAUGACGUUUAGAAGCAACAGCAAAUUCGGCGGCACAGGCUUUGCUGCCGAUUAUCAGUUUCUGGAUAAUUCGAGGCAUCCCUUUGCUAUUAAGAGGGUCAUUGGGGCGGCUUUCGUGAAUGGAGAUCAUCAAAAUCAAGCAAAUUUAUUCUUGGCAGUGACUGUCACUUCAUUGUUGAUCAUCAAGAACCUGCAGUUAGACGUUCUAGUAUAAAAGGAAUUGUCUAAAUCCGUGGCUGUUGUGCAUACUAUAUUGCCUUACUAUGCAACACAAUAAAUGAAUUUUCCUUGAUAUGCAGAAAUAUAAGAUAUAUUAACUAAUAUAUUUCUUUCUUACCUCGAGAUGUAUUUAGAACAUCUAUAGUUUAAAAAAUAAAUCACAUUAACUGAAAAUAACAAUCAUAUCAAAGAAUAAUACUUUUGAUAUAAAAAAGUAUGGAACCACAAAAUAAAAUAUCUUGUUAAAUUAGACAUUCAUAAUAGGCUUUAUAAUCCUUUCACUUGUAUUAAUAGUGUAGUUAUAUGUCUUUUCUAUUAUUAUGCAACUAUGAUUAAAUAUAUAAAGUUCAAACUGAUACUUCAAAACUCCUGAAAAAAAUUAUAAUUAUCAUUAGGCUUUCCCAAAUUCUGCGUAA